AUGAUGAAACUGAUGAGUGACGUCACUAAGUAUCUGGCUGGUAUGUGCCAAUACCUCGUUGUGAGUGAAGAUCCUGCUACAACUGCGACACCUGUUAUCGCUAUUCGGAGUGAAAAGCUCGAGUUCGAAUUUUUAUCUGGCCAAAGAGUAACCAUCGCGUCCCUGGACAGUGGUCAGAAUAAUCAGGCCAUCUUGGGCUCUGAGAUUAUUGACACCUACAGAGCCUGGCAAUGUUCUAAUCGUCAGUUAUGCUACAGUGCAUGUGUGGGGUCCGCAGAAGUGAAGUCAGAUGUAGCAACGUCAGCUGUUGGGGAAGUUUUACGCGGACCUCUUGUUUUGUUUCAGUUUUUUAAUCCUAUUACUGGCCACCAGAUGGCAACUGAACCACUUUUGGUCCCCAUUGUUCUCAACAUUUCUGUGGAAAAUUUCGAAAUUGGCGAAGAUGAAAUGCUUGUGUGUGGAGCGCUUGAUCCGAGCACAUUGGCGUGGGACACAGAUGAGUGUGAAAAACGAGGACAGAAUCUAAUAAGUGGAUACCUCACCUGUGCCUGCCACACCUUCGGUUAUUAUGGCAAACUACAACAAGGCUGCCCACGACGACCACUGAGCCAACCACAACAAUGUUACCUACAACGACUGGUGAGCCAACUACUACAAGGUCACCCACAACGACCGCUGAGCCAACUACUACAAGGUCACCCACAACAACUGCUGAGCCAACCACAACAAGGUCACCCACAACAACUGCUGAGCCAACUACAACAGCUGAACCUACCACUACAGAGAGACCCACAACAACUGCUGAGCCAACUACAACAGCUGUACCUACCACUACAGAGAGGCCCACAACAACUGCUGAACCAACUACAACAGCAUGAACCUACCACUACAGAGAGACUCACAACAACUGCUGAGCCAACUACAACAGCUGAACCUACCACUACAGAGAGACCCACAACAACUGCUGAGCCAACUACAACAGCUGAACCUACCACUACAGAGAGACCCACAACAACUGCUGAGCCAACUACAACAGCUGAACCUACCACUACAGAGAGACCCACAACAACUGCUGAGCCAACUACAUAUUCUUUAACAACCACGACCAUACAACCACCAGAAGCUCCCCAGCCAAUCACAGCACGAUUUGCUGACAGUCUUGACAAAGUUCUUAUAACGCUUUCUGACAGUCUUCGUCCUGAGGGAUUGGUCAACUGUAGUGACGUGUUCAACCAAUCAAGUCUGGAGUUGCUGGGAGAAGAUCCCACAUGUAUCAGUAUUGCAAACACGCUGACAAUUCACCUUGGAAGAGAA